AUGCACAAGAGCGCUUCAGGUUCAACGUUGGGCCCGGGAGGCCUCGACCUGACCCAGGCCUUCUUCAAGCCCAUCACCAACGCCGCCCCUCCCUCUCCCACCAAGCGUCACAACAAGAUCUCCGUCAUCGGCGCCGGUAACGUCGGAAUGGCCAUCGCCCAGACCAUCCUCACUCAGGACCUCACCGACGAGCUCGUCCUCGUCGACACCAACGCCGACAAGCUCCGUGGCGAGAUGCUCGACCUCCAGCACGCUGCCGCCUUCCUCCCCCGCACCAAGAUCCACGCCUCCUCCGACUCCUCUGUCACUGCCGGCUCCGAUCUCUGCAUUGUCACUGCUGGCGCCCGCCAGAUCCCCGGCGAGUCCCGCCUUAACCUCCUCCAGCGAAACCUCUCCCUCUUUCGCGCCAUCAUACCCCCCCUCGUUCGUUACUCCCCCGACACCACACUUCUCAUCGUUUCCAACCCCGUCGACGUCCUCACCUACGUCGCCUGGAAGCUUUCCGGUUUCCCCUCCAACCGGGUCAUCGGGUCGGGCACUAAUUUGGACUCCUCACGCUUCCGUUUUCUCAUCGCCGAUCACCUCGACGUCAACGCCCAGGACGUACAGGCUUAUAUAGUAGGGGAGCAUGGAGAUAGUUCGGUGGCAUUGUGGUCUAGCAUAAGCAUUGGGGGUGUCCCAGUGCUGAGUUUUUUGGAGAAUCAACAGAUUGCAUAUGAGAAAGAGACACUGGAGAAUAUACACAAGUCGGUGAUAGACAGUGCGUAUGAAGUGAUCAGGCUGAAAGGGUACACUUCUUGGGCCAUUGGGUACUCAGUGGCUAACUUGGCACGCUCCAUUCUGAGGGACCAAAGAAAGAUCCACCCUGUGUCUGUUCUUGCUAAGGGGUUUUAUGGGAUCGAUGGGGAAGUGUUCCUGAGUUUGCCAGCACAGCUUGGUAGAGGAGGGAUACUUGGUGUCACCAAUGUGCACUUGAACCAAGAGGAGACGCAGAGGCUUGUAGAUUCGGCCAAGACCAUCCUCGAAGUGCAGACUCAACUGGGUAUUUGA